AUGAUAACUUCAUAUCCUACAGCCACUAGUCCCAUAACCUCCGUGGACUGCCAAAAACAAGUGCGUUCAUGGAGGUAUUUUCGUUCGCUCAUGGAACUUCUGAUUCCCCGAUGCAACUGCAUCUUCGUUGAAGAAGAAAAUGACGUUAAAAAACACAUACCCUACUCCAAACAACACAACUUGUCACCAUUAUCCUCAGCCACAACCAUUACUGGCACAAUCUUUGGCUCACGAAAAGGAAAAGUCAACUUUUGCAUCCAGACAAACCCUAAAUCCACAAACCCUAUUCUUCUUCUUGAAUUCGCUGUUUCAACCACUUCACUUGCUCGCGAAAUGCAAAACGGGAUAGUGAGAAUCGCGCUGGAGAGUACUAUAAAUGAUUACUCUUCUUCUUUGUCGUCGUCUCUUUUGUCUAUGCCAAUUUGGAGUAUGUAUUGUAAUGGAAAGAAAGUAGGGUUUGCAGCUAAAAGAAAACCUACAAAAGUUGAUUUGGGAGUUUUGAGACAAAUGGAGUCAAUAGUUGUUGGAGCUGGAAUCACUUAUGGGAAAAAAGGAGUUAUAAAAAGAGAUGAUGAUGAUGAUGAUGCUAUUAUGUAUCUAAGAGGAAAAUUUGAAAGGGUUCAUGGAUCUAAUGAUUCAGAGUCCUUCCAUUUGGUUGAUCCUGAAGAAAAUAUGGGGCAAGAGCUAAGCAUUUUCUUUCUACGCUCUCUUAGUUAAUUAGCAUCUAAUAGUAGUAGUAUUCUUCUUUUUAAUCUUUUUUUUUUUUCCUUUGGGAACGAUCACUUUAGUUCUAGUAGCUUUUCAGGACCCUUAACUAUAUUGUAAUAUCGAAAAUGUGACAACGUGUUGGAGGGCAAGUAGACCUUCAAAAUUUCCUCCUUUGUUUUUAUAUAUAGAAUGGAAAACAAUACGAUAAUCUUAACAAAAUUAUGCUUCUCAUGUUCAUCUACAGUUCAAGCUAAGUAUGCUUCUCAUCUAUAUUGCAUUUUAUCCUUUCUACUUCUCGUAAUAGAGGCUGAUUUAUGCUUCAUCUUUAAGAUUCUUAAUUAUUAACUUUUUUGUACUUUUAAAUUAUACUAGUUUAGUGUACGCGCUUUGUGCAUGACAAAACGCGUACCUCAUUUGACAACAAACAUUACAGAAAAAAUAUGGACUUAGCUACAAACUUCGUCAGUAAUCAGUUGCUAAAUUCCUCGUAGGUCUUUUUUUUUUUUUUUUUAUAAUUCGUUACUAAUUUAUCAUUAAUAGAAAUAGAGAAUUAGCGACCAAUUUUAUUAUUUAAUUUUUUGUCAAUAAUUCAUGUUUAUUUAGUAGUGAAAUUACUUAAUAUAUAAAAGA